AUGCUUGUGCAUUGUGGAAUUAGAUCGGAGAAGCAAUUCCUUUAUCAAAUUUUGGGAGAAGUUAUUAAUGUCGGGGCAACGACUGUAGUCAUACCUGACACUGUAGGCAUAGCAAUGCCAUUUGAAUAUGGAAAUCUCAUUGCUGAUAUAAAAAAGAAUACUCCUGGAAUUGAAAAUGUUAUCAUUGCAACUCAUUGUCACAAUGAUCUUGGACUUGCUACUGCCAACACUAUAGAGGGUGCACGUGCAGGUGCUAGACAAUUAGAAGUAACAAUCAAUGGAAUUGGUGAGAGGGCAGGGAAUGCUUCAUUAGAAGAGGUGAGUUGA